AAAUAGCGCGGCGUUGUCAAGUCAUCGAACGUUCAAAACAAAAAUAAACAAUUACGGGGAUUACUUUAUCGGACGUUUGAACUUUAUAAAUAUGACUUAUCCGAAACUGUUCAGGGGACGGCCAAAAACCGCGGUUAAUCGUUUUAUCCCCGUCGAGAUCAAAGGUCCUCGCUGGAACGAACGCAUGUACUUUUUGUCGUUAUAUAAUUAAUUUUUCAAAAUUAACGUUCGCAGCGUUCCGUCGGUUUUGGUGUUGAAAUGGUCGUGUUCGGUGCCCUUUCCAACAGUAAGGAUUAGCGUCAGAGAUGCCACCCGUGCCCCCCGCAAAACCAGAGUUUCCCAAAUUUGUCGACUCCCUUUGGUGCGUUUACAUCGUUUCCGUCGUAGCCGCUUGGAAUGCCGAAUUCAUUACCUACCCUUUGGAUCUCAUCAAAACGCGACUUCAAAUACAGGGUGAGCUGAAUAAAAAUGGCGAAAAGGUUCCGUACAGGGGCAUGUUCCAGACCGCGGUGGGCAUCGGCACCGAAGAGGGGAUCCACAAAUUAUGGCAGGGCGUCCACGCGGCUUUCAUACGUCACCUGAUUUAUUCCGGCACGCGUAUCAUAACCUACAAGGCGCUGAAAGAGAACGCAUUCAAGCAGAACGCGGCCGACCCUUAUUUUCCGCUAUGGAAAUCCGCCAUUUGCGGGGUCAGUGCCGGCGCAUUCGCCCAAUACAUCGCGAGUCCGACCGAUUUGCUAAAGGUUCAGCUGCAAAUGGAGGGCCGGAGACGACUGAUGGGGCUGCCGCCCCGCGUGCACGGUUUAUGGGACGCGUUCAGGCAAGUGUGGUCGAAGGGCGGGGUCCGGGGUUUGUGGAAGGGUUCCGUUCCGAACGUCCAAAGGGCGGCGCUGGUAAAUCUGGGCGAUUUGACUACUUACGACUUGGCCAAGAGGUUUAUUAUGAGACACACGAGCCUAUCCGACAAUCAUUUCGUUCACGUAAUGGCCAGCUGUUGCGCGGGCUUCGUCGCCGCCUCUAUGGGCACCCCCGCCGACGUAAUCAAAACUAGAGUCAUGAAUCAACCUCUCGACGACAGAGGAAGAGGUCUGCUUUAUUCUUCCUCCAUCGACUGUUUGAAGAAAACGCUGCAGACCGAAGGGGCCCCCGCACUUUACAAGGGGUUCGUCCCAAUAUGGAUGCGAAUGGCGCCUUGGUCUCUCAGUUUUUGGCUCACGUACGAAGAGGUGGUUUCGUUGGUAGGCGCAAAGAGCUGGUAGUGUAUCGCAAACUAAGUGCCAGGCCAAAUUAAACUCUAAUACUCACCGAGGUCAAUUAAGACUGGGACCCUGUCGUCGCGCUUCUUACCAAAGACAGGGUUAGAAAGAAAAAAUAAAACAUAUAGGUCCACGUAGGUUAUAAAGGACAAUGCCUGAAUCUCAGCCUAAAUAAUUAUUUAAUUUCGUGAUGUUACUAGUAACCAAACGAAAGUCUUAUGCCUAUUUAGCAUGCGUUGACGUGAAAAAAAUAAUUUUUUUACUUUGAGAUUCGCCUACUGGAUCGCUUGCCAUUUGCUGGUCCUUUAAAAAACUUUCGAUUGACAUUCAGUUUCCCCCAAGAAUCGUAAACCUAAUACGAUUGCGUAAUCCGCCAAAUCUCUCGCUGGCUGUGACGUAGGUGAAGUCCUGUAUUGGCGCGUUUACUAUGUAAAUGCAUGAGUUUUGAUUGACUUUGAGUAUUUUGAUUAACUAAUAUAGCAUUUUGUUUGGAUAAUCACUUGUUAUUUUUAUUUAAUUUGUCAACAUUAAAUCGUUUUAGUACUUAUUUAAUAAUUAUUGGGAAGUAGCGUAGCAGCUAGGGUAAAAAUAAUACUAUUGCAAUCAAGUUUGCCUUAUAUGUAUUAUCUUGAAACACACAUAUUAAUAAAAUAUUGUUACACAUAAGUACAUAAAACUAGCGAACAAAACGAUUUACUUGUAAAACUUUGUGUUUUAAAUAUACAAAAAUCAACAAAUACUUAUAAAUUAGAAAUCCCUAUUUACCUAAUACCUAAUAACUCAUUUUGUAAGCCUCUUUCGUAAUCAUUUUUAGUAAAAUGAACUGAGCAGUCAUAGCUUUUAUCUGGAUUAAGUUGGUCUUCUCUUCUACAUCGAACUAUCUACUCGUUCCGAAUAGUUCGGGAUACUAGCUUUCCCUUUGGGAAAGCGAUGAAAACUACAUUUUCGAGAACUUGCUUUUUCAUCAAAAUAGUUGUUAUUACACCCAUAUAUGGCACUGUUCCAGGCAUACCUAACUAUUUUUUAAUGUAACUUAUCCCACCGAAAAAGGUAAAAGAAAUUUAUUUCUUACCUUUACCUAUGUUAUUAUGUGUAAUAUUUUGAGCUUACCUCCUAACUAAUAACACCGCUAAUAAGCAGCACGGACACAAAACUUUUAAAUCUUUGUUUAAGGUUAAAAAUACUAUUUUUCUCAGUUCUCGCCACUCAAGCACAUACAAUUUUAAAGUAUUUGUUAAAGCUUAAAACCACUGUUUUGUCCACGGUUUUUUCUACAGAAAUACAAUUAACACCAACAUAAGCGCACUACUCACUAGUUUAAAUUAUUUUAAUUGUUCAAAGAACACAAAAUACCGUUAGAGGACUUCGCUUACGUCACAAGCGACCACGUGCGGUCGAUAAUUUUGGCGUUGGAUUGGACAAUCAAUCCUAUUAGGGUUACGAUUCUUGAGUUUCUCCCAAAAAUCGCGGGAAGUCAUGGAAAGAUUACAGUGUUAAGAUUUUGGUCGUUCCGCGUCACGGAUUAUAGAAUCCGUGUGUACUUUGAGGAUAGAAAAUUUAUUUUUUUGCUUUAAUUUAGACGGAGAACAAUAGUACCGCACUGGAUGUCUUAGAUCCUUGUUUUUAAUCGGCCGCAGACUUAGAAUUAGGUAUCUCAAGGAGUUUUGUUUUGUUUUGCUCAAUUUAGUCAGCCCGAAUAUUAUACUUUUUAGUUUAUAUAGUUUAUAUAUUUUAGUAUAGUUUUUAUAUCGUGAAACAUCGUGGCGAGAUUUUUAGCGCAAUUUACCGAUAAAAUAGGAUAAGGUUUUUACUCAAUCAAGGAAAUAUUUAUUUUAGUAAUCGCUGGGUAAUUAUAAGGUCGUAGGUGUAGCAAAAUAUUGCGUAUUAAGUCAAAAUAUAUGCACAAUAAUAGAGGUGUUCCAUUCGUAAUUAAUAAGUGUUAUUUAUGUAUAAAUUUGGGGUCGAUUAUGGAAAUUUUAUGUACUGUACAAAUGUAAAUAAUUUUUUAAGGGGUGUCUGCUCGCAGCGGCGGAACAGAAAUAUGCAAUUGUCAUUGUUUUUUUUUUGUAUAUUUUUUUUUGGUUCAAUAAAUGAGUUUCAUUGAAACUUCAUUGGCCAGGACUGCUAGGAU